CAUUUAACCAACAUCUAUCCUAAUAUGCUCAAAAUCCUCUUCCAUCGAGGCCUUUCCGCCAGCGGCGGCGCCCUGGCCGUAACAAUGGGGACAUAUCUCUACACUACCUGGGAUAUCCAGGCGCUUCCGAUAUCGAAUUCGUCAGACCCGAUAUUCCAGAACAAGCAUUACAGAAAAUACAACCCAAACGAUAACCCCACCGUACAUGAUUUGCACGUUAUGAACGUCCCCUUUUCGCAGAUCGAACCGUCGCUGUUGGAGAAUCGGGAGAGAUUAGUCGAGCGGUAUUGCGGUGGUGUGUGGGGAGGUUUUGGAUUUACUAUUCAACGCAACCUCCUGAGAUGCUUCACUACCACAGAGAACCAUCUCUGGUCAAAAUCUGACCUCCUCGCAUCACGCUAUAACCCAGGGACCACAAUAACAGACGAAUUUCUCGUCCUGCAAAAAUCCCCUGAUGCUAUUAUCGUCCGGGGUGGCGACAAAGUCACCAACCAAGACUUACGGCCAUUGGACGCAUUAAUCGAGAUGACUAUCAAUGUGAAGCCGGACGAGGAAGUAGUCGAGUUCGGGUUCAAGUCGGUCUUUUUCCAGGGGAUUGGGAGGAAUAAGGGACUGCCUAUGCCGAGGUUUGUUGUUUGGUUGCAUGAAUUGUAUGCAAAGGCAUUGUUGGGGUCUGGGGUGCGGUAUGUUCUAAGGUGAAAUGGAGCCCGAAUGAAUUGUGGUGUCCGGUGCUGAGGUAUUAUGGCGUAUGCUUACGGCAUAAAUUGUAUUCUACUGUACUCUAUUCUCUACGUACUCAAGUCUUCACUCUCCAUUCUCAUUAAUCUCUACGGCAACGAUCUGCUCAGCUAGCUGAACUUGCUGUGCCUGCCCUUUUGCGGAGCC